CUGGCGUCCUGGCCAGAGGAGAGACUAGACCCCGAUAGAGGGAGGGAGAGGAAAAUUGUGAGACAGAAAAAAGAGAAGAGGCAGAGAAAAGAAAAGCGUCAGUUUUGUCAACUAUUGGAUAAGACCACCGAAGAAGGAGAUACGAAAGUUCAGAGUGACAAAGGAGCGGGUUUGUGGACAGCGAAGGGCUGGUGACCCCCAAAAUGGAGGUGCAGCAGCACGUACACUGCAUGAACUGUGUCAACCGGAGAUGUAUGGCCAGGCUGGAGACUGGAGUUUCUUGUGACCUAAUUGGUUGUCCUUUAAUCUGUGGAGCUGUUUUCCAUUCAUGUAAAGUAGAUGAGCAUCGCCUGUUGUGCCCUCUUGAAAGAGUGCCUUGUUUAAACAGUGGAUUCGGAUGUCCAUUUAUAAUUGCAAGGAACAAAAUAGCCGAACAUCUUGAAAUAUGCCCAGCAAGUGUGGUCUGUUGCACUAUGGAAUGGAACCGGUGGCCAGUGAGCUACGCAGAUCGGAAAUCUUAUGAGAACCUAAGCAAAGACGUUGAUGAUGUAGAACAACUUGAUAUGGCAUUAGCACUGCAGGAUCAGCGAAUGCUUCUAGAAUCGCUUAAAGUGGCCACCAUGGUAUCCAAAAAUGUUGACAAACAGCCCAGUACCAGUGAAAAGAUGCCUAUGGCAUCCAGCAUACCAGAAGACAAACCUGCAAAUGGAAUUUUUGCUAUGGAUGCAGAAUCAUAUGGUGAACUUUACAGAGCUACAGUAGAGACUACGAGAAGCUUAGCUGCAGCCUUGGACAUACUGAGUAAUGCAACACGGGAUAUGGACUUAAUCAAUGGAAGUCUUCCUGAAGAAAAGAGUGAAAGGAAUGGUGAUAUCCAUGUGAAGGAUGAAGUAAAAGCUUUGGACUUGGAAAAUGUUGAGAUGAAAGAGCAUGAUGAGUCUGGAUUUGAGCUUGGAGCAGUUGGUGGAGUGGAUCAUGAUGUAGUAGCAGAAGCACUGAGUGAUAGAAAAAUGUGGUCAGAGCAAAAUGGAUUAGAGUUUUUAAAAGAAGAGGUAGAGGGGGGAGAGAUAAUGAACAUCGUUGAGAGGAUGAAAAAUCAGAAAACCCUUUGUAAUGGAUUUCACAAUGCAGAAGGCAUCCAGGAUGAAUUGGAACAGGAGGAAAUGGAUUUAGAAGAAGCUGAAUCGAAACACUCUGAAAUCAAUGGGUCUUGGGCAGUCAGCAUGCCAGAAUGUAGGUCUAUGAUGACUUAUAAUUCCAUACCUGUUGUAGUGCAGGAACCUUCUGGUUCUCGGCCAUCACCUCCACCACUACCACUGCCUGAAAUCCUGCAAAAUAAUGCCCUGCAGUCCUUGCCCAUUGACAGUGAGGACAGAAGGUUUGAACGCAAGUUACAGAAUCUCCAGUUUCUUAGAGGGAUGAGCGUAUUUACAUUUAAUGGACGCAGAACUCUAUUUACUGAUCCAUAUUCAUUUCGUGCAAAAAUGGAAGACAAAGCUGUUGACACCUCUGACCUAGAAGUGGCAGAUGAUCCAAUGGGUCUUCAUGGAAUUGACCUUAUCACAGCGGCCUUACUCUUCUGUCUGGGUGACUCACCUGGUGGCAGAGGAAUUUCAGAUAGUAGGUUUGUUGAUGGUUAUCGUAUUGACUUUGGUACACAAACCUUUUCGUUUCCUUCUGCUAUCUUGGCAACAAACACCAUGGUGGGUGAAAUAGCUUCAGCUUCUGCUUGCGAUCAUGCAAAUCCACAACUUUCCAACCCAACCCCCUUCCAGACGCUCAGGCUGGACCUGGUUCUAGAAUGUGUGGCUCGAUACCAAACCAAGCAGCGAUCUAUGUUUACUUUUGUUUGUGGGCAGUUAUUUAGGAGAGAUGAAUUUUCCUCUCAUUUUAAAAAUGUUCAUGGAGACAUUCAUGCUGGCCUGAAUGGUUGGAUGGAACACAGAUGCCCUUUGGCUUACUAUGGCUGCACCUACUCCCAAAGAAGGUUCUGCCCCUCUGUACAAGGUUCUAAAAUUAUUCAUGAUCGACAUCUAAGAUCAUUUGGAGUCCAGCCUAGUGUACCUGCACUGUUGACGGAACCCAUUUCCAACAACACUUGCUCAUCUGGGUCUCACUAUGACCAUUUGAGUAAUCUUCCAUUUGAGGUUCUGCAGCACAUUGCAGGGUUCCUGGAUGGCUUCAGUCUGUGUCAGCUGUCUAGAGUAUCACGGAUGAUGAGAGAUGUGUGUGCUAGUUUGCUGCAGGUUCGUGGAAUGGUUAUUCUUUUGUGGGAAAAGAGGCAAUAUCCAAAUGGACCUUCAUCUUGGCAGAUAAAAGACAAGGUGUGGAGAUUCAGUACAGCUUUUGGGACUGUGCACGAAUGGAAGUUUGCUGACAUUACUAGUAUGGCUGACCACCUGAAGAAGUGCAAGUUCAAUACUGUGGAACGAAGAGAAGAGGCUAUCCCUUUGCCUUGUAUGUGUGUGACAAGGGAGCUAACUAAAGAAGGACGAUCCCUGCGUUCAGUUUUAAAGCCAGUAUUAUGAAAAUACAUCUUCUAGUCUGCAUCUUCCACUCUGAUUAAAGAGCUAUAACACUCAACAUAACCUCUUUGUAAUUUGAUACUUUUAUCAAUGUACUGCAGAUUAUGUAUACAUAAAAAUGUCACUGUGUAUAUAAACUGUUUUGAUGUUAAAAUUAUUUUUUAUAUAAAAGUACUGUGCUGUAUUAAAGUUUAAAAGAGGAGCCUUAAUGUAUGAAAUAACACUUGACUUGCUGGAAAUAAGUUUCUUUUGAUCUUUAUCAUUAAUUUCCCCUGUGGGACUCUGAUAUCUUUGUAUAUUGUUAUGUUAUUCUGCAUGGUUUGAUAUUUAAUUAGUACCCUUUGGGUAAUUUAAAAUGUUAAGAAUAUGCACACACUAGCAAGAAACUCAAGGAAAUUUUAUUUUGUCUUUUUUUUUUAAAACUGACCAAAUGAAAUGUGCAUUUAUCACUUGUCUCAGUAUGUGAAGUGCAUGUAUUUGUAUAAUCAUUUUUACUAGCCAUAUCUUGUCUUGUACCUUACCAUUGAAUCUUAACAGCUAAAGGAGUUAGGACAGCAUUUAAGGCUCAAGAGUUUUGUUUUAGUCUAAAAACAAGUAGGACAUGAAGUCUUGCACCUAACAUUUAUGUUGAUGAUAGGUUUUGUUGCAUGGUGAGAGUUUGCAGGAUAUUUUCACAGCAAAUUGCAAUGUUGUGUUAUGCAGAUCUUUUACAAUAUUGUUUUGGAGUUCUAUACAGUGCACAUAAUUAUUUCAUUGUAAUGGUAAAUUAAAACAAAUACAAUACUGUAGUAUAAAGAUGAUCACCUAGCACUUUAUUUCCUAAGUGUAAUUUUAAGUUAACUUUUAAUUUGUAGUGCACCUCAAACCUUUCUUUAACACCGAGGAAAGACAGGAAGGAUUUUUGUAUAAAAACCCCAAAGUUGCCCUCAUUUUUCUUGUGUGUAUUUACAUACACAGAAUUCUGCAGUGGACUGCUUUACUACCUGUUCAUGCACAUGUUUCAAGCAGUAAUGUAUGUACUUUGUGUGCAAUUCUCAGCUGCUUUUUAGUGCUAUGAUUGAAUCUGCAAACUGGACACAAAGAGAGUAAAGAAACACAUGAGAGAAAAAAAAUUCCUGCUGCUUAACACUGGGGUGAAGUAGUUAUUUUUUGUUUGCUCCUUGGAAGAGCAGUCAGAAUCGUGCAUGAUGUGCCCUUCACCACCACUGCCAUCUUUUAAAAGUAAAUGAGUAGUGGGGAAGCUAUUGUUUGGAAACACAGUUACAUUUAUCUAGAUACCUCUGACUGGAGGUGAAAGCACUUUAACAGUAAUGUUCAUCACAGGUGCAGUGGGCAUAUCUAAAUGCAUGUGAUUGUGUUGCUGUUUAAUAAAAGGAAUGUACAAUCCUACUGCAUCUUCCUGAUUUUUUUAUUACAGUCCCCAUUCAUGAAAAGGCAAGGUAAACAGAAAGAGCAAGGUUUGUAGGAAUACAAGGACUGUACUAUUUCUCUACAGCUCGUAUCCUCGGAACUUGUGAAAAUGGAAUAACAAGAAAGAUUCAAUUUGUGCAGCCUUUGGCGCAUAAAAUAAAAGACCAUAGUGAAUUUGCUCCCUAUGUGUCCUGUAUGCAAAAUCUAAACAACUUAAAUUUUUGGUGGUUCAAGAUUUAUUUUUUUGUCCCCAAUAUGCCCCCCCUGAUUGGUGUUUCUGUAUAAACAGCUCCCUGAAGCUUUUUUUAAUUCUAUUGUAUAGAAAUAGGUUUUGAAGCUUGCUUAGGACAUUUUGUAUAACUUUUAUUUCAUAUAAGUGGAUAAUGGCUGCUUGUUGCUGGGCAUAUAAUGAAAUGAUCGCAACUUGAUUUCAGGAACUUAUACAGGAUACCAUACAGUAUUAUUUAGAUUUUUUUGUGGUUUGAAACGAUUAACACUAUCCCUAAAUGGGGAUUUAAAGUUUACAAAAGCUGAAAUAUAUCCGUCUUAAUACAUUUUAAAGAAAUGUGGAAUCAAUUCAUUGAUGUAUUCAGAUGAGUUAGGUUUGCCUUUUAUAUUCAUAUCUAAUACAUCAGACUUUAGAUGAGUGCACUGCAGACAUUUGAUGAGAUGUACAAUCUGAGAAACCAUGGUAUUUAAAUUGAUCAAAAUAUACACAAGACAAUUAGGAUAUGAACUGCUGCUAAAGAAGUGGAAGCUGGGUUUGUGAUUAAUAUAAUAUUACUUCUUCCUCUUGCUAAAGGUCAGAGUUUUGGUUGAAUAGACAUAAUUGCAAGAGUAUUGAUUUACAUCACCCUGCUGGGUUGUUAGUGUUAAAUCAAAUUAAAAUUUAGGAUUGCUCUUUGAAAAUAUUUUUGGACUUUAAUUAUUACCAUUCUUUUUAGGAUUCAACAGAUGAUUAAGUUUAUUUUGAAUACAAAAUGUGUCUGUUUUUUAUAUAAUUAAAAUAACAGCUUUAUAGAAAUUGAGACUGGCAAAUGUUACUACUCUUGAAUAGCUUUGAGGCAUUUUUGGAAGGUGGAAAAUAAAAUUUGAUUUGAAAUUCAAAUCAAACCCACGAGAUGAAACGAGACCUUUUUGUCUUAAAUACUGAAUGUGUUAAAGGUUUUCUUACGGCAAUGAAAAGAAAAUAAUGAAUUUUCCUUGUUUAAAUAUUCUUUAUAAAAAUCAAUUUAAUGUAAGUAACAAGCUUUUGAAAAAUGGUCAUUUUCAGAUUGUAGUAAUAAUUUGAUCUAGGAGGAGGAACAAGUAAAGGUUUAUUCCAUGCUGAAAAGAGAAGAAAAGAAAUGCAACUUUCAGCUGUGUGAUCUAUGCAGAAUAUAUAUUUGAACACGCUUUGCGUCACACGUAUUAGUCUUCCUUUUAGCUUCACAGAAUUCAUAACGAGUGUGUGAUAUACUACUCAGAAUCCUGUGUUUCUCUCCCUGGUGUAUGGUCAUGUUCCCUACUUACCCCUGUCUUCAUUGAAGUGAGAGUAGGAAUGUGAUUUAAGUCAUCCAGGAAGUGUUGCUUCUUUGCUUGUGGCCCUGAAAACCUGUGGGAAGAUUUGUUAUAAGAAACAUUUAUGUCAUUUGUUUGAAACUGUUGAUCAUACAAUCAUUAAAAACUCCUGCGGUUUGCAGUGAUCCUUUUAUUAGAGUUGGUUGUCUUGAUGGUUGUAACAUUCAAUGCAUAUACCUGUUAUAAUUUUGGUUAAUAAAAUUUCCUUCACCCAAGA